AUACGUAUCAGACUUUUAUUUUGACCUGGCGAUGUGACGUCAUAAGGCCGCGCCGCGCUCCGCUGAUUCGGCCGAAGAAAGCGUCCCGACACAGAAAAAGCAGCGUAACGCCCGAAAGAUGUCGUUCAUUAAAGAGGAGCGCGAAGACAUGAAGAUCGAAGAAGCAUUCAGCGUGAAACGAGAAGAACCCGAGGAACAAGCGAAGAUGGCACUUAUUAAAGAGGAGAAGGACGACUUGAAGAUCGAAGAAACGUUCGGGGUGAAACGGGAAGAUGCCGAGGAACAAAUAAAGAUUGUGUUUAUCAAAGGGGAGAAAGAAGACGUGAAGAUCGAAGAAGCGUUCGGGGUCAAACGUGAAGAUCCUGAGGAACAAACAGACCUAAUGGCAGCGAAAGAAGAGAAAGAAGCUCUCGGUCAAUCUGAAAUAGCACAUCAACGUGAGAAUCUCCAAAAGACUCAACAGAGAACCCCUGAAGAUCAAACGGGAGAGAGUUUCUCUCAUGAAGCAAGUCUUGAGAGGCACGUGAAGAUUCACGCCGGAGUAAAGCCUUUCAUAUGCCUUCGGUGUGGAAAGAGUUUCACCCUAAAAGAAAACUUCAACAGGCACGUGAGAUCUCACACCGAGAAGAAGCCCCACGCGUGCCAGCAGUGCGGUGUGAGGUUUGCUCAACACGGACACCUGGAAAGCCACAUGAAAUUUCACACCGGGGAGAGCCCUUUUACUUGCCAACAUUGCGGAAAAUGCUUCGCUUGUAAAUCGAUUCUUGAGAGUCACUUAAGAAUUCACACCGAAAAGCGCUUCGUCUGCCCUCAGUGUGGAAAAUCCUUCAAUCAACGGGGAAACCUCAAGUCCCACAUCAGAAUACACACCAGAGACAGCGAGAGUGCCUUCGUCUGCCAACAGUGUGGAAAGAGAUUCACUCACAUAGGAAGCCUGAACGGCCACAUGAGAACUCACACGGGAGAAAAACCCUUCACGUGCCACCAGUGUGGAGACAGCUUUGCUCACAACGGAAACCUUAAACUCCACAUGAGAAUCCACACCGGAGAAAAGCCUUGCAGCGUGUAAUAAGUUAAAGGAGUAGUUUACGCAAAAUGGAAAUUGAAAAGGAAGAUAUUUUGAAGGACGUUUGCACCCAGACCGUUUUGGGUCACUGUCGACUUCCAUUGUAGGGAAAAAAAUACUAUGGAAGUCAAUAGUGGCCAAAACGGUCUCGUUACAGACUUUCUUCAAAAUAUGUUCCUUUGUGUUUAUACAAAUUGAUACAGAUUUGGAACUACUUGAAGUUCAUUGUUGAGUGAACUAUUCCUUUAAACUUUAAAUCCUUAACAUGCACAUGGAAAGUCACACUGGAGAACGCUAGAGAGUGUAGAAAUGCAUUUCUACAUUUAAACUAAAUAAUCACCACACUGUCUUUUUUUGAGUGGCUGUACGAUGUAAUCUAAAUUGUAUUCAUGUGUAGUCCAUGGUUAAGUCAUUUUAUUUUUUAUAUCUAUGCUUUGAUCUGUACUGUAUAAAGUCGUACAGAAUAAACUUCCUUCAAGAUGUUCGUAACUUCGUAAAUUCCA